AUGAGCUCAAUGGAUUUUAACUCAAAUAAUGAGCAGUUGAGAGUAAAUGCGAAUCAGAGGUAAAAUCAAGGUAAUAGUCAGUAUGCUUCAACCACAAUGAGGACUGUUGAUCAUAAUUUAAUGAAUCAAAGUUAGAUAAAUGAUCCUAAUAUGUCCAUUAUGCCUCUUGAAAACGCAACUAGUGACAUCAAUAGGCAAAUACAAACUUAGCAAUUACCUCUAAGACGAGCCUAAAGUAGGAAUUAAAGACAUCAUUAGAAUUAGGCUUCUAUUGCGACUGUUUAGUCCUAAUAGACCACAUAGUCUAGAAGAUCAAGAUUUAGAAGAGGCAGAAGAUCGAGAAAUAAUUUAUCAAAUCAAAGAAACAGUGUGAGUUAAAACAGAGGAAACUCUGCUAGUUCAACAAAUCCAUCAUAAAUAACAUAGCCAUCAAAUACAGAAGAAAAUAUGAUUAGAAAUACAACAGAUGAUGAUCAUAAUUCAAACGCUCCUCCACUUGAAAGAAUUAAUCCAUAUGAUCAAGAAUAUGAAAAUAGACAAUAAUAUGAGUAGCUCUUGAUCGAUGAUAACUAAUUGAGGCUGUUUAAUAUUACCGAAUAGCUUGAAAACUUCUAGCUUUACUUCUUAAUUCAUAUUAGUGGAUUGGGAAUUGCUAUUCCUGCUGUAAUUGCUUGCUCUAUAAGCUGUUUUUGCAUCAGAUAUGAGGAGACUCCUUGUAAUGCUACGAUGCAAUUGAUGACAAAAGUUAUUAUCGUAUUGAGAUUACUAAUCGGAUUCAGUGCGUUGCUUAAAUUAGAUAAGUAAACAUAAUGGGAUUGGAGCACCACAUUCUGGCCAUAUUGGUGUAGCUUUGCUAUUCAAGGGAUUAUGGGUAUUGCAAGUUUAAUAAUUUUCUUGAAUACUGCUCUCAAUUAUCUUAAAGAAGAAUCUACUCUUGAUGAUAUAUUGGCAUCAUUUUGGGCAUUUAUUGUGUGCGGUGGUUUUGUUGUUUCAACUCUAUUGCCCAUUGUAAGCGUCAUUUAAAUUUAUGAUCAAUCGCCAAAUGACCCAAGCAAGAAUUUAAUAUUAAGUCAUGAUGAUUUGUAAUCAUAAGUUUAGCCUCUUUCAGUUUAAAAAAUUGGCUUUGAAAUAUUGAAUUCCUGGUUUGAGCAUGUGCUUUAUAUUGAUGAAGAUGAUUAAAGCCAGUAUAUGAUGGAUGAAGAGAAUGAAUAACAAAGUGUUGACUAAGAUGAAUAAGAAAUCGAGAAAACAGUCCAUAUAAGAACCUACAAAUUUAAAACUCCUUAAUUUAUAGUAAUUAUUCUCAAUUUAAUGAUCGUUUAGAAAAAACUUACAAAUACAUAUUUUAAAAAAUCUAGAAAAGAAGAGAAAAUGAGGAUAUUGAGAAGAGAUAUGUUAAGAAAUUUGGAAGAUGCUAAGAUAUCUCAUAAGAAAAACAAGUCUGAGUCCUAUUCUAAGCCUCACAAGAGAGAAUUUUCAAUGUUUGAGUAAAAUUCUCCUACCAAAGUUCAUUAGUAGAAGAAGCCCUCUAAGAACUUUCAGCAAGAAGAUGAAUUCUUUGAAUUCUAAGAUAAUGAAAAUUAGAAUCAGCUAGAGUUGAAUGCUGGAAAUAGUAAUUUUGGAUAAAAAGCCGGAGUUGGUACUAAGAAAAUGAGCAAAAAAAAUUUAUAGAGAUUUAUGAGUUAAGAUUUUAGAUAAGAACAGAACUAAUAGAUCAAUAGUAAUAAUAGUAGCAAUAGAGGUAUUAUGAAAAAUAGAUAGGAUUCUAUUAAUAGACUUAGUGUAAGCUUAUAAUAGAAAGAAUGCUGCAUAUGCUUUGAUUCCAAGCCUGAUGCAGUAAUUAUGGAAUGUGGUCAUGGAGGAAUAUGCUAUGAAUGUGGCAAGCAUAUGAUAGCCACUGAACCCCGAGUCUGCCAUCUUUGCAGAGAAGGAAUAGCAUAUAUCUUGAAAAUGGAUCUAAGUACAGUGUAUAGUAAUUUCAUUAAGGUAAUAUCUGCUACUUUUAUUGAUGAUGAUUCUGAGGAAUAAAACAAUGAAGAAAACAAGGAUAAUCCUCCUGAGUAAAAUGAAUAGCAAAACUAACGGCAGGAUCACAAUCAAUUGCAAGCAUAGAUAAAUAGCAUGAAUUAAUCAAACAAUUUUCUUAAUCAGCAUUCUAGGGUUGGCUCUCAAAUAAAUAAUUAGUAACUUUAGCAUUAAAGAUAAAAGUCUAUAACCGUCUAGCUAGACAAUAGCAUACAAAAUUUUGCCCAUCAGCGAGGCAACUCAAUGCUAAUUUAGUAAAAAUAAAAUGAUGACUCAACAGCCUACUUUAUGCAAAACCCUUUUUACAGAGAGCUUGGAGGAAAUACAAUGGGUAUGAAUGGAAAAAAUUAGACCAAAAUUAUUGGUAAUGGGAUUAUGAAUGAAUAAGAUGUAAUAGAGUUCGUUAGUCCUAGGCCAAAUGAGGAAGAAGAAAAGAUGGAUGAAGAAGUAUUUUAAAGUAGCUUUGGGGCAAAUGGGUAGAUGAAUGUUAUUGGUGCUUAUGUGUAAUUCAGAGAUAUUCAAGAAGAAAUUAAAGAGGAAGAGGAUGAAAAUGAGUAUAGUGAAUAAAAAAUAGACUACUUCAAUAUGCAAUCACCAUCAAAUAGUGGAAUUAAAAAUAAUAAAAUAGUUGAUCUUGAGGAGUAUAAAAAGCAAUUAAGUAAUAGAAAAUUCAAACUUUUCUAAGUUUAAAAGAAGCCUAGUCAGUUUUAUGGACAGAGCAAUAAUGAUUUAGGAGGUGGGGGAAAUUUCUAUUAGUUUGAAAACAUCUCUAAUCCAGAUUCUAUUGUAUUAUCUGCUCGAAGUGGCAGAUUAAGUAAUUUGGAGUAAAAUGACACUCAAAAUGAUUUCAAUAGCAGCUAGAAAUUUAAUAGCAGUAUUGGAUUCAAUAUUUUCAAAGGAGGAAGAACUUCUCUGAGAGAAUCUUUUAAAAGUUCCUAAGAUUUGGCUAAUAAAAUAAAAGUUCAUAAGAAGCCUAAUAAUAGAGGUGGAAGUAUUUAUCUAGUUGAAGAAUUUUUAAGUACGAAUAUCAAUAAUCCUCUGACGAAUGCCAAUCCAAGGCUUUAAAGCAUUAUUAUGAAUAAUAUGGAAGAUGCAGGGUAAUAGCAAUUCAUGUAAUAGCAGAACACAAGCCUUAAUGCACCAAACAUCUGA